CCAUGUCGUGGAAAAUGCUACGCAUGGCGGCGGUGUUGGCGGCGGCGCUGCAUGCCAUAUCCGCGCUGGACCGUCCACUGUACGGCAUAGACUACGACACCCGACGCACCGAGUGGGGUGGAUGCAAGAGCGAAGAGAACAUCCGAAAGGACUUCCGCGUGCUCAAGGCAAUCACGUCGAGCGUGCGCAUUUACACAGUCACGGAUGGAUGCGCCGACCGGUUGUUGAACGUCGCAUCCGAAUUAAACAUUCGCCUAUGGUUGGGCAUCUGGGGGAACGUGAAUGCGACCCUAGAUGAGUUUGAGCCCGAGUUCAAGACGUUGCAGCGCCUCGUGCUCGAACGCCGCGUGCGCAACGACAACGUCGUGGGCAUCCACGUCGCGAGCGAGGCUUUGUUCCGGUACUACUCGCAGGAAAAGCACGACUGGGCCGCCGAGUACAGCGGCGUCCAAAAGCUGUUUGGGUACGUCAAACGAGUCCGCGACUUUCUUCGCGCCCAAGACUUGGCCUUUCCCGUGACCAUCGCCGACGUGAUGGACUCGUACAAGUCGGUACCCGAGAUCUACGACAUCGUGGACGUGGUGUCUGUGAAUCAGUUCUCCCAGUGGGAAGGCGUGGCGGCGGCCGAUGGUGUCAACGUCCUCUUCGACCGCAUGGCGGCGAUUCAGCACGCGGCACGUAAGGCGGGCAAGGUGGUGGUCAUCUCUGAAACUGGAUGGAGUUCCAACGGCACGGUCGCGGCGAUCAAGGAAGCGAGUCCCGCGUCGUCGGCGAGAUUUCUGCACGACUUUAUGCGGUACACGGAGCAACAAAACAUUGCGUACUACUACUUUACGUCGUUCAAUUUGGCGUGGGACGGCGCGUCUGAUUUUGGCGAGAUCGAGCAGAACUUUGGCCUGUUUGACGAACAUCGCAACCUGUUGCCACAUGUGAAAUCUGUGACACUGGGAGCAUACCACAAGCCCGUGCGCAUUUGGCAUCAGGGUCAAGUGGUCAAGGCGGAUGGCCCCUACACGCACUCGUUUGGCCGCGUGUACUUGGACGCCCCCGCCCACGGUCUGAGUGAUUCCCUCGAUCGAGAGAUCUGGUUCUACGACCAACAAGUCGGAUCGUUUCGAAGCCGCAGCACCAACCAAUGCUUGGCCGCUAACGAGACCACGCUGCAUGUGACGUGGUGCCAGCCCAAGGUUGACGCUAACCAACGCUGGAUGUUCAAAUCCAAUGCCCCUACAUUUCCCCCUACCACGACCACCACCACGACCACCACUACGACUGUAGCCCCGACGACGAACCCCCCGACGUACGCUCCCGCGACCACGCAACACCCCGACUGCGGCGACUGCGACAACUGCCAGUACUCGACGUCGUUUUACGCGCUAUGUUAUGCCAACUGGAGCCCCGUCGACUGCGCUCGGAUGGGUGCCACGCAUCACUGGUGCGGCUCCAAUGGCGAUGAUGACGAUCUGUUUGGCCGCCGCCGUCGCCUGGCUUCCUCCGCCGACGAACAAUCAAAUGACAGCGAUGCAGAGGAAACCCAAGUGGGGGUGCUCCAGGUAGACCAGGCAGCCCCCGAGGUGUGUCUGCGUGCGAACGUGGACGCCGGGGCAGUGGACGUGGCCCCUUGUUCCAGCAGCAGCAGCAGCAGUACCGCGCCUUCGUCUUUCGAGUUUUCCGUUCGACCUCUGGACACGGAAAAAGUGACGGUACAGUCGUUGGACUCGGGGCUGCUCUUGACGUCGACGCCGAAUGUGUGGACGGUAGCCACCGCCGCACGAAACCAGGACAAGGCGCUGCUGGACACGACGCAAGAGUGGUUCUACGAUCCGUUGCUCCAGAGGUUUCGCAGCAACGCGUACACCAACUACGACACGUGUUUGGACAUUGUCAACGACGGAUCGUGGCUCGUACAAGCGCGCGGGUGCGAUCACAGCCCGAGCCAGGCGUGGUCGUACAACGACUUGACCGGCCAAGUGCUGUCGAUGGGGAAAUUGGGCCGUUGCUUAGCCACGACUGGCGACAAGACGACCGUGGAGUUCUGCGACGUGGCCAACCCCCGCCAGAAGUGGGCGCUGAAUUUGGCCAUAAACGAAGCACAAGACGGCGGCGCCACAUUCACGCACUUGCCACCGAUCACAACCAAACCAACUACUACGACCAAACCAACUACAACCACUGCCAAACCAACUACGACCAGUGCCAAACCAACUACGACCACUGCAAAACCAACUACGACCAGUGCUAAACCAACUACGACCAGUGCUACACCAAGUACGACCACUACCGCCGCCCCCGUGACGACGACCGAGGAGCCCCCUGUCCGUCAGUUUGAUUACGUGGCUCCGUCCAGACACCGCGUGAUUGCUCGUCGAACCACCACCGAUCCUCCCGCAACUCCUCCUUAGAAAUCCACCCACCCCAUCGUCCGUCCUGGCAUGCUUGGCCACUGGUAGCCAUCCAUCAUGCCAAUACAUAGUACUUACUACCGAACCUACAUACUGCAACAAUGCAGGCGAUUAUUAUUGUCCA